UACAGGAACAAAUGAUGCGCAAGAAAGCUGUGCAGAAUCUUGAUUCUCGACAGAAAACCAUGAUUGACAAUGCAUUUUACUACACCAAUCCACCUGACAGACCGAAGGUACAUGAUUGAAGCGUUUCUAAAAAAUCAAGCUACAGUAUCCUUCCUGACGUUUAUACUACAAGACUUCCUUUGAUUUCUAGGUGACUAAAAAAGAAAGACCCCCGAUGCAGGAAUAUGUCCGAAAAUUAAUCUAUAAGGAUUUAUCAAAAACAACCACAGAAAAGGUACAGACAUAAUGGAGAUAAGUUGAUGGAAGUUUCGAGUGGAAUUUUUAUACAUUCAUUAGACCUAACCAGGAAGAGCAUGGCCGGAUUUUUAGGGGAGGUGCGCCUUCCCCUGAGAUCGUUUUGCACCUCCCCUGAGAAUUUUUUUACCGCCCCUGAAAAGUCAUGCACCUCCUCUUUGGAAAGUUUCAAUAAUAGAUCAAAGUGAAAAUUUGACAUUUUUUGGGUCUACACUUCGUAAGAACGUUUUUCUGUAAAAUUGAAACCGUGAUAGCCAUUCAUCCCUGUGUCAAAUACCCUUUUAAUGCCAUGUUUUGAGAGAAACUUUGUAGUAAUUGUAAUGAAGGGUAAAAUUGGAUGAGUUGUACAGUCGUAAUUCAUUAAUACACAUUCAUUAAUACACGUGUGGUUAAAGCUCGACAACUGUCUCUCUGUCAGUUGGUUAGAGCGCUGCACCGGAAUCGCAGAGCCACAGAUUCGAUUCCUGCCAGAGCGCCGAUAGUUGCUCCUCGCAAGUAUUACUAAACAUUGUUUAAUUCUAGGUCUUACGUCAACUUCGAAAGUUACCUUGGGAUGAAGAAGAGGUAAGUUAUAGCAAACCCUCACGAGGAAAAUAGACAGCAACUACACACGCAAAAAUCUCACAUCUUGUAUAGCACGUCUGCCAACAAGCCGUCAACAAGUUGUGUUCGCACUGCUUGUCCCAAGUUGUGAACAAGUGUAGAACAACUUGUUAACAAUAGUUUUGUUUGUGGAAACACCACGUAAAUUUGUUACUGCAAAGCUUUCGAUCCGUAAGCCCUAAUCUUCAUCAGUGCUAAUAUUCUGACAUAUUAUUAGCACUGAUGAAGAUCCGGGCUUACGGAUCAAAAGCUUUGCAGUAAUAAAUUUACGUGGUGUUUCCACAAACAAAACUAUUAUAUUUUAUCGCCAUACAAAGAAGUUAUAACUUGUUAACAGUUGUAGCAACCUUGUUGAUAUUAUCAGACUUGUUGCAGGGUUGUUCCAACAAGUCCAAUGUAAGUCGUGAUAUAACAAUAUUGCUACAACCUAGUGUCGUCAACCUUGUAACUUUCUUGUUAUCAUGAUUGUAUCAGACGUGUUAGAACAACCUUGUAACAAGUCUGAUAAUGCCAUCAAGCUUGUUACAAGUUGUUAACAACUUGUUCAAAACUUGUUACAACAACUGGGAACAAGUAACAAUUUGUUUGCUAAACUUAAUUAAUUUGUUCCAUUGUCUUUUCAUCGUUUUGAAAAUCCUACUUUUGUCAAUGUCAUUCAGUCGCCUAUUGUUUAAACGUAUUUGUAGCAUUCUGAAAAGUGCUUAAUACAAGCGUCUUGUUCUUUUUAGAUUUGCUCGUACGUUGUGCGAUGUCUCAUUCGUUCUUGGAAUGUCAAGUACAGCAACAUUCACUGUGCUGCUAAUUUACUGGCAGGAUUGACACCCUAUCAUGUGAGUACACCUGCCUUUCAGAGUUAAAAGCACUGGGUUUUGUCCAGUUUACUCAUUUACGUCUUCGUCUCCUAGGAGCAUGUGGGGAUAGAAGUGGUUGAUGGUGUAUUAGAAGAGAUACGUGUUGGAAUGGAGGUACACAGAUACAAGUACAUAUCAUGAAAUUUAAUAUUUCAAAAAAUGGAUACUGGUGAAAAUAUUGUUAAUUCUUGUCAUAUGUAGUGGUCUUGUGUUUGGAAACAAAUAACAAAAUCGAGAGGUGUAGUUGAAUUCGCUUGCUCAAAUAUAAACUGUGAAACAGUUCACCACAAAAUGUUUGCCAAAUAUAGGAGAGGGGGCGAAUUUAGGUUGCUACCAUAUAACCAGCUUAUACUUUUUGUGCCUUAAAUUUCAUGCAUCAUUAGUUGAAAAAUUAUUGUUACAGCUUUCUUCAACAGUUGUUUAGAUAUCAUUCAGAAAUUAUUAAUGCUUUCAGAAAUUAUUGGGGGAGGGGUGGCGGUUGCCCCCACCCCUCGCCCCCUUAGUGUCCGCGACUGAUUGACCACCAUUUGCUAUCCCGUAUCGCUUACUAACACCCCCUCCCCCAAAUUAUUUUAUGUUAGAUCAACAUUCCAAAGAUGAACCAGUGUCGCAUUAGUUGUGUGAAAUACCUCGGAGAGCUGUAUAAUUAUCAGUUGAUUGAGUCGAAUGUCAUCUUCACAGUGUUGUAUUCCUUCAUCACUUUUGGAAACUCCGAUGAUGGUAAGCUAUUCAAUAGACCUUAUGAGUGACAUUUUGAUCUAGAUAUGCCUGGACAAAAAUUUCAUCACAGCUUGAAAGAGCAUCACAAAAUUAGUAAUAUUCCCAAGUUUCGUUGCGAAAUGUUGUAAAAUGCGGAUAAUAUAGCCUUGCGAAGUUUGCCGUUUUUCAGUCAUUUCGUAUUACCCGUUUGUAAUAAUAAUUUGUAAAUUGGUAAUCAGUUUGAUCAUCUGAUUAUCAAUUUCCCGUUUGUAAUGCAAAAUGACUGAAAAACGGCAAACUUAUCUUUGUAGUGAAAAUCUCACAACUUGUCAACAAGAUGUGUUCGCAACAGGCUUGUAGCAAGCUUGUCAACAAGUUGUAACAACGCCGUUAUUUUAUAUAUCAAGUUGCUACAAGGUUGUCACUCACAACUUGUUGUCAAAUCGUUGAACUGCAGGACGAUAACAAGUUGUUGGAACAACUUGUAGCAAGUCUGUUGAGCUCAACAACCUUGUAGCAAGUUGUCAACAAGUUGGGAACAAGCAGUGCGAACACAUCCUGUUGACAAGUUGUUGGAACAGCAUUGCUACAAGUCUGCUGCAGGUUUGUUACAACUUGAGGUUUUUACUUGUGUUUUGUGAUCAGUAUCCGAGAUCCAUGUCAAGAUUUUGGAUGUUUUUCUGUAGGUUCGCCUUCUACCUUGGACCCACCAGAACAUCUGUUUCGUAUUCGUUUGGUCUGUAUUCUGCUUGAUACCUGUGGACAGUAUUUUGAUCGUGGAAGUUUGAAACGUAAACUGGAUUGUUUCUUAGUUUACUUUCAGGUAUCUUUAAUGCACGUCUUUUAUUAUUUUGUUCACUGUAGUGUCUUUUCUGAACUUUUACUGAACCGUACUGUACAACAGUACUGUACUUUUACCAUACUGUAUCGUAUCUAACCAUACCAUAUCAUACCAUAUACCAUACCAUAUACAUUAUACCAUAUUAUACAUUACCAUACCAUACAUUACCGUACCAUACCAUACCAUACCAUACCAUACAUUACCAUAUCAUAUCAUACAGUAGCACACAAUUCCAUAUCAUACCAAAACCAAAAUAUAUCAAACAAUAUACCAUAUCAUACCAAACCAUGCUAUCAUACUAUACGUAACCAUACUAUACAUACCAUACCGCAUAUAUACAUACCAUACCGCAGCAAACCGUACCAUAAUGCUAUACCAAUCUAAACCAAACCAUACCACACUAUACCAUACGAUACGAUACUAUACCAUACCAUACCAUACCACACUAUACCAUACCAUACCACACUACCAUACCAUACCAUACCAUACCACACCAUACCAUACCACACUAUACCAUACCAUACCAUACCAUACCAUACCAUACCAUACCAUACCAUACCAUACCACACUAUACCAUACGAUACUAUACCAUACCAUGCUAUACCAUACCAUACAAUACAUACCAGCCACCCUGUACUACACUGCACUAUACUGUACAGUACAAUACCACUAACCACUGUACAUCAAUAUUCCAGGCGUACAUAUGGAAAAAGAAAUCAAAUGGUGUUUGGAAUGAAGAUUGUCCAUUUCCUAAGGAAGUUGAAUACAUGGUUGCCGACACACUGGAGUCAUUGCGACCUAAACUUAAACUUCACAAUUCUUUGGAAGAAGCCACGAAGGCCGUGGAGGAGCUUAACCUCGAAUAUCAACAGAAAAUAGGUAAUGAUUUUGUAUUGCUUGAGAAAACUCUGGUAUAAAGUUACUUUAGUUCAGGUUUCCUCUUGUAGUAACACUGGACCUCUAAGGAGAACAGUGCAGAACUGAUAGAGCUAUCCAGUAUAAAUAAAGUUAGUUUAGUUAGGUUUCCUCCUGUAGCUAGCACUGGAUCCAUAAGAAAUGAUCCUUACUGGAUCUCCAAGGAGAGCAGUUUAGAACUGACAGAGCUAUCAAGUAUAAAAAAAAGUUAGUUUAGUUAGGUUUCCUCCUGUAGUGGCUUCGGAUCAAUAAGAAAUGAUCCUUAUUGGAUCUCUAGGGAGAACAGUUUAGAACUGAUAGAGCUAUCUAAUAAAAACAAAGUUAGUUUAGCUUAGGUUUUCUCUUGUUGUAACACUGGAUCUUUGGUGACAACAGUGUAGAACUGAUAGAGCAGUCCCGUUUUAAUAGAGUUAGUUUCGUUUAGGUUCCAUUCUGUAGUGAGACUAGACUUCUGAGAGAACAGUUCAGAACUGAUAGAGCGAGCUAUCCAGUAUUAAUAAAUUAGUUUAGUGUAGACUUCCUUGUGUUGCAGUAAGAACAGUUUAGAACUGAUACAAUUAUCCAGUCAGAUAGCUUAGAAUAAAUCCCUGAAAAUACACUUCACAGGGUAUGAGUAGUGAGUAGUUUUAAUCCGAAAAAGGAUUUCUAUUUAACAGUUACACUUAGCCCUUUCCUCAUUUCUUACCUGCGAACGGGCAUGCUCUAGGAAUCAUUAAUACAGCCUGCGGAGGUGGCCCUUUUCCGUAUCACCAUGUUAAGCUUGCAAUUUUCUCUUAUCCCAGACGAGGCGGUCAAAGUCGUUGCAACGGAGAACAAGCCUGCGUCAGCUCCCGUCCAGUUGCCGCUGAACACCAACAACUACGGACCUCAAUCCUAUCCCCAGUCCCCGGCCGAUCGCGACGAAGAGGAGAGCGAGACUGGGGAGAGUGAUAUGGAAGUUGAAGAAAGAAAUCCAGGGGGCGAGGGGAACAAGCGUAAACGAGGGGGGGAUUCAUUAACUCUGGAUGAAGAGGAAGUGUCUGAGAUCGAUUCUGAACAAGAAGGAGAAGAUCAGGUAUGCUGUCUUAUCUUGUAGUGAAAGUCUCGCAGUGAAAAUCUCGCAGUAAAAAUGUUUCAUAUUGUAGCAAGUCUGCCAACAAACCGUCAACAAGUUGUGUUCGCACUGCUUAUCCUAAGUUGUCAACAAGUUUGGAACAAGCUGUUAACAAUUUGUAAAAACCAUGUUGAUAUUAUCAAAUUUGUUGCAAGGUUGUUCCAGCACGUCCGAUACAGUCAUGAUAUAACAAUAUUGUUACAGCCUUAUGUCGUCAACCUUGUAAAAUUCUUGUUAUAUCAUGACGGUAUCAGCCUUGUUAGAACAACCUUGAUAAUGCCAUCAAGCUUGUUAUAAGUUGUUAACAGCUUUUUCCAAACUUGUUUGAACAACUGGGACCAAUUAAGUUGUUACAGUUCUGCAAACAAGUUGUUGCAAAUCUGUUCACAAGCUGUCGACAAGUCUUUUAUUCGCACUGCUUGUUCCCAGUUGUUGUAACAAGUUUGGAACAAGCUGUUAACAACUUGUUACAAGCUUGUUGGCAUUAUCAAGCUGGUUACAAGAUUGUUCUAACAAGUCUCGAUACAGUCAUGAUAUAACAAGAAUGUUACAAGGAUGACAACAAAGACAAAGUUGUAACAAUAUUGUUAUACCAUGACUGCAUCGGACUUUUUGGAACAACCUGGCAACAAGUCCGAUAAUGUCAACAAGGUUGUUACAAGUUGUUAACAGCUUGUUCCAAACUUGUUGACAACUUGGGACAAGCAGUGCGAACACAACUUGUUGACGGCUGGUUAGCAGACUUGCUACAAGAUGUGAGAUUUUUACGUGUGUAGUUCGAACACAAGUUGUUGAUAACUUGUGAAAAGGUUUGUAACAACUUUUGGGUUUUUACGUGUGUAGACAGAUAAAUUUUCUUUGACAUUUAUAACACACCAUUGUACACACGUAAAAAUAUAGACUUGUAACAAACCUGCAGCAAACUUGUAGCAAUGCUGUUCCAACAACUUGUCAACAGGAUGUGUUCGCACUGCUUGUUCCCAGCUUGUUGACAACUUGCUACAAGGUUGUUGAGCUCAACAGACUUGUUACAAGUUGUUCCAACAACUUAUUAUCGUCCUACAAUUCAACAAGUUGUGAGUGACAACCUUGUAGCAACUCGAUAAAAUAACAGCAUCAUUACAACUUGUUGACAACUUGCUACAAGGUUGUGGCGCUCUGACAGCAGACUUGUUACAAGUUGUUCCAACAACUUGUUAUCGUCCUACAAUUCAACAAGUUGUCAACAAGAUGUGCGUGACAACCUUGUAGCAACUUGAUAAAAUAACAGCAUUGUUACAACUUGUUGACAAGCUUGCUACAAGCCUGUUGCGAACAUAUCUUGUUGACAACUUGCUACAAGGUUGUUAAGCUUAACAGACUUAUACAAGUUGUUCCAACAACUUGUUAUCGUCCUGUAAUCCAAUAAUUUGUCAACAAAUUGUGUGUGUCACCUUGUAGCAACUCGAUAAAAUAACAGCAUUGUUACAACUUGUUGAUAAGCUUGCUACAAGGCGAACACACAACUUGUAAUAAGUCUGUUAAGCUCAACAAUCUUGUAGCAAGUUGUCAACAAGAUGUGUUCGCAACAGGCUUGUAGCAAGCUUGUCAACAAGUUGUAACAAUGCUGUUAUUCUAUCACGUUGCUACAAGGUUGUCACUCACAACUUGUUGACAAGUUGUUGAAUUGCAGGACGACAACAAGUUUAACAAGUCUGUCAAGCUCAACGACCUCGUAGCAAGUUGUCAACAAGAUGUGGUCGACAGGCUUGUAGCAACUUGAUAAAAUAACAGCAUUGUUACAACUUGUUGACAAACUUGCUACAAGCCUGUUGCGAACACAUCUUGUUGACAAGUUGUGAGAUUUUUACAUGUGUAAUAGACGCUUGUUCAUUAUCUCGUAGGUGAAAGGCAUAGGUGGUCCAAAACUAGUGCCGUGUGACGAAGACACGGAUUUCUUGAAUGAAUUUCAAAAAUUGAUCGUUGACGACUACCAAAGUCGGCGCACAGAAAACGUCAAGGUGCCGUCAUUUGACGUGGCCGUGCCGAUGCAGCUGGGCAAGAAGAAGCCUGGGAACGAGGAAGGAAAUCGCGUCAAUUUUAUGGUGAUGUUGAAGAAGGGAAACCGACAACAACUGCGUGAUCUCAAGGUUCCGAUCAGUUCCGAUCUUGCGGCGAACAUUCGCGAGAAGCAACAAGAGGAACAGGCCGAGCAGGAAGAAGUCAAGAGACUGGUGCUAGAUUAUAAUCAGAGGCAGGAAGAAGAGACGUAUAAUGGUAGGAAUUUUAAAGUGGCUCUGACACGAAAUAUGAUUGUGGCAGGGAUCGAACCUAGCGCUAUCCACCGGAUAGUGAUUUUUCAAGCUUUGUUACUGUCGUUCCAAUUGAAGUGUUGCUCAAAUAUUGAUUCAAUACAUUACCUCGGGCUGACCAAUUCAUUUCAUCAAGUUCCUCGAAAUAUUCAUACACUUCCUAGUAUAAUUGUAAACUUCCUGUUGAAUAGUUUGAAUGCACCAAUCACCUUUGUUGUUUAUGCAACUAACCAAUCAUAAAUAGAAAGGAAGUGACCAGAAAUGAUCAAAUACUUGGAAUUGGCUCUUUCACAGGAAGUGUAUGAAUAUCUCGAGGAACUUGAUGAAAUGAAUUGGUCAGCCCGAGGUAAUGUAUUGAAUCAAUGUUUGAGCAACACUUCAAUUGGAACGACAGUAAAUCAGUCGUUGAUUGGUAUAACUCGUAUUAAAGUUUAGUAUUUAUAAGUUAAAUGUUUUUUAUACAUCUUGUGUCGUCUAUAUCCGUAGUUUCACAGUUUUUCAAGCAUUUUACAAAGGUUGAAAAAAUCACUAUUCGGUGGAUAGCGCUAUCCGACCUUCGUACAAUCGUCCCCAGAAAGCUAGAAAGAGCGUCUUAGAAUGAUUAAAACUGCAAAUAUUGGUUGCUAAAUGUUGUAAAAUGAACAAAAUAUAGCCCUGUGAAGUUUUGUAUAUAUUUGUAUAUAUUUGUAUUACGUGCGGUAAAAAUAACCACUUUCGGCUCAGAACCUAUUUGAGAACCUGUUUAGCCUAAUUUCCUGGUAAGCAUGGAAAAUCUAGGUUCUUAUAUACGGGCUUUUACUGUAGCUUGACCUAUUGCUAUGGCUAGCUUUCGCCACUGGUCAGAGCAUUGCAUCGUGGCCACUGUAUGGUACUGCUACAUUAGAUUUUGGGUAUCUCUAUAUCUAAACAUGUUGUUCAUAUCUUCCUUCAGAGCUGAUGGCGAAACCGCGUCAAUCGUCGCCUGGCAACCGCUACCAUGGUCGCCGUGAGAACAAACCAAAACCGACGAGGUAUCGUGAAGCUGAGCAAGGAUUCUUUAUGAAUAAGUAAGUACAUGUAGCGGUCUAUUUUAAGGCUCCCAUGAAAUAUUAGGG